GACUUCACACCAACCACUACUUUUCUUCUAUAAUUACCCUACUCUUCCACCGCCCAAUAUAUACUCACAAAUUCUUCCAUUCUCCCUCACACUCUGUUCUAGUCAAUAACUUCAUUUUUCCACUGGCAUUCACUACCCUCUCCAUAACUUAAGCAACUGCAUUGAACUAAGCUGAUUCAUUCCUAAAAUGGGCUAUGGCCGGCUAGGUAAACGGGACCCCGGAGAAACCUCCGGCAGGGAGGCAAUUCCCAAUAAUCCCCGAAGCUCAAAACUUAAACUCCUCAUAAUUUUUGCCACUGUUCUUCUAAUUGCUUCUCUAAUUUCCGUUGUGAUUUUGGUUGCUAUUCGUCACAAAGCCGGAAACAAAAUAGAUAAACCAAGUCAAGCUAUGGCACGUACCUGUAGUCACACUUUAUAUCCAUCUCUCUGUCUUAACUCCCUGAUUAAUUACCCUGGAGCUAAUUCUGCUUCAGACAGUGACCUGGUACACAUUUCAGUUAAUUUGACUCUACAACGCUUCGGUAAAGCACUUUACACGGCUUCAGAUAUUAAUAACCUUCAAAUGAACACAAAAAUAAGAUCAGCGUACGAUGAUUGCCUGGAAUUAUUAGCAGAAUCUGUAGAUCUUCUUUCUCAUUCAUUAACUUCUGUUUUUCCCGGGGACUCACCGACGGGGUCCCCUCAGGACGUGAUGACGUGGCUGAGCGCUGCGAUGACGAAUCAUGACACGUGCACUGACGGGUUUGGUGAUGUUACUGGGAACGUUAAGGAUCAGAUGAGUAAGAACCUUAAGGACUUGUCUGAAUUGGUGAGUAAUGCGUUAGCUAUUUACGCUGCUGCGAACGGUGAUGAUGAUUUUUCGGGGGUUCCGAUACAGAAUCGACGGCGUAGAUUGAUGGAAUUUGAAAAACAGCAUGAUGAGUUUCCGAAAUGGAUGUCUAGGAGGGAUAGAAUGUUGAUGAAUAAAUCAGUGUCGGGAAUUCAAGCUGAUAUAAUUGUGGCGAAAGACGGUAGCGGAACGGUGAAGACGAUUGCUGAGGCGAUAAAGAAAGUGCCGGAAAAGAGUAGUAGACGGACCAUAAUUUACGUGAAGGCAGGAAGGUAUGAAGAAGAAAAUUUGAAGGUAGGGAGGAAGAAAAUGAACGUGAUGUUCAUUGGAGACGGGAAGGGGAAGACGGUGAUUACUGGAGGAAAAAGUGUAUCGCAGCACCUUACAACAUUCCAUACUGCCUCUUUUGCGGCAACUGGAGCUGGUUUUAUUGCAAGGGAUAUUACAUUUGAGAACUAUGCUGGACCAGGCAAUCAUCAAGCAGUAGCCCUUCGUAUCGGAGGUGAUCACGCCGUGGUCUUUCGCUGCAGUAUUAUGGGAUACCAAGACACCCUCUACGUGCACUCGCAGCGCCAAUUCUAUCGCGAUUGUGAUAUUUAUGGGACAGUAGAUUUCAUUUUUGGAAAUGCAGCAGUGGUCCUCCAAAACUGCAACAUCUAUGCCCGAAAACCCAUGGCCAAUCAAAAGAACACCAUCACUGCCCAAAACAGGAAAGAUCCUAACCAAAACACUGGCAUUUCAAUCCAUGCUUGCAAAAUCGCAGCAGCAUCUGACCUCGAGCCGUCCAAAGGAAGCUUCCCGACAUAUCUAGGUCGACCAUGGAAGAUGUACGCGCGAACAGUCUACAUGUUAUCUAACAUGGGUGAUCAUAUACACCCGCGUGGUUGGCUUGAGUGGGACGGUGAUUUUGCGUUGGACACAUUGUAUUAUGGCGAGUACAUGAACUUUGGGCCAGGAGCGGGUCUAGCACAAAGGGUUACUUGGCCGGGUUAUCGAGUCAUCAAGUCCGUGGAGGAGGCCAGCAAGUUCACCGUUGCAAAGUUUAUUUAUGGAUCAUCUUGGUUGCCUUCAACAGGGGUGUCUUUCUUGGCUGGGCUGAAUACUUGAAGGAAGGUAUAUCAAACAUACUACAGAAUGGAGAUUUAUGGUUUUUGCAGUAGGUAUAUAAAUAAGUGUGUCCCAUUAGUAUUUAAUUUCAAAGUGCAAGAAUUUAUAAGCUGUUAAGUUGCAAUUUGCCCUGUUGCUGAACUGGCUAAAGAACAAGUUGCAGAAUGGAUACCUCUUUCAUUGAAUGAUAAAUUGUUGUAAUUUCUUUUUUGUAGUAAUUAGAACAUAUUAGCAAAAAGCUAUUGGUCCAAUUGAAAAAGUGCCAGUUCUACAUUA